AUGGCACUGGCUCUAAAUCUUAGCCUCUUUCUGUUAUUUUCUAUGGGCAUUAAACAAUUAUAUGUCAAAGCACUUCUGAAAUUGACGUAUAGUUCCAUUUUUUCUACAUUGUAUAUUGCACCAAAAUUUGUUGCUUUCACCUCUGAUUUUAUACAUAAAUCCAAGAAAAUAGGGGCAUUAUUUUCUGGUGGCUUAUUUCAGGUUAUAAAUGUCAAUAGCGAUGAGUUGAUCCUGGAAGCUUUCAAGCUCAUGAAAGAAAAUCAAAUAGGUGGCCUUCCAGUUACAGAAGGUCCUACCAGAAAGAUUGUCGGAAAUGUGAGCAUGCGUGAUAUCAGAUUCCUGUUGCUCAAGCCUGAACUUUUCUCUAAUUUCAGCCAGCUCACCGUGCUUGAGUUCUUAAAGGCCAUAGGCCCGACGAAUCCAAUAUCAGGGAGCAAAUAUAUGGCACCCCCAAUAACAUGUUCAACUGAUGCUUGCCUUGAGAGCGUGAUAGAGAGCUUGGCGAUCAAAAUGGUUCACCGGAUCUAUGUUGUAGAUGGCAACAUGAGCGUUAUCGGUGUCGUAACUCUCAGAGAUGUGAUAUCCUGCUUCAUUUAUGAACCCCCUGACCAUUUCGAUAACUAUCUUGGGUUCGCGAUUGAGGAGAUGCUGAACUCAAGUUGACAUUCUUUCAGUGUUCUAGAACUUUUGUUUUUGAUCAUAAACGUUGCUUAUUUAUGUUUGCAUGUUUCAAGCUAAGGUAUUUCUGAUGUUUAUUGAACCUGUCUAUGAGGUUUUUGUAGAUCUUAGUUGUCAAAAUCAGUUGCUUUGCUUAGUUAUUUUGAGUUGUGGAUGAAUGUAAGAAAGGGCAUGAAUGUCUGUACAUCUUUCAGCAUGCUGUUGAUGCUUAAUGAUUUUGUUU